AACCAGAGGGAAGUCUCGUUAGGGGUAAAGCGGAGAUAAUUCUGUAACAACAAUGAUCCUAUAAACAACAGUUUGUAAUUCACUAUCAGAGAUCCGGAGGAACAUUUGUUAUUUCAUGAAUUCAUUCAGCGUUGAUCUAUUGUAGCCGUCUAUAUUGGCAGUGAUGGAUAUUUGUUCAGGCACUUUAUCCAGCAGCUAACAUUAGCCACUUUGGGGCUAGCAUCACACACACACACACACACACACACACACACGAGCUAGCGCUAGCAACAGCAACUAGAGGAGCAUCACGCAGUGUUCAGUGAUCACGUCAGCGGCGGAGAAGCUGCAGGAAAAAACACUUAAAGACAAACCGGUGCAUGUGUCCGAGAGUCCUGGGGAUUCGCAAUGUUGAACCCGACCAAUGGUGACCCAGGCCACGUUGUUGUGAAUUAUGUUGAGGAGUAUCUGGACCUGGUGGAAUCGCUUCCCUUUGACCUGCAACGGAGUGUGUCGCUCAUGAAGGAGAUCGAUGCCAGGUAUCAAGAUGUUCUGAAGGAGCUCGAUGAUGCUUACGAACGGUAUCGCAGGGAAUCCGACUCAGUUCAGAGGCGCAAGCUCCAGUUAUCGAUUCAGAGGGCACUGAUCCGGAGUCAAGAGCUCGGAGAUGAAAAGAUCCAGAUUGCUGGUCAGAUGGUGGAGUUGGUUGAGAACCGAACACGACAAAUCGACUGGCACUCUGAGCUUCUCGUCUCCUCUCAAGAAGUCCCCGAGAGCCACGUUCCCACAGCAACAGUCAUGACAACCACUACAGCACCCAUGACGCCCACUUCAUCAGCCGCCAUCACGCCAGGCAAACCCGGCCACCUCGACAAGAAGCGCGAGGAAGUGACACCGAGCUCUGGUAGUGUGGACAAAUCUGGAGGGAAGCGCUCGAGGCGCCAGAAAAAUGGAGAAACUCGCGAAAGCUACAGUGGUGUGGAUCACGCUGAAGAGGCGGGAGCGGGGGCGUCUCGGGAAAAACGCGCCAAAACAUCCUCCAAGAAGAAGAAACGGUCAAAAGGAAAGUCUGAGAGAGAAGUGUCACCUCCAGACCUGCCCAUUGAUCCAGAUGAGCCGACAUACUGCCUGUGUGAGCAGGUGUCCUACGGCGAAAUGAUUGGUUGUGACAACGACGAAUGUCCCAUUGAGUGGUUUCACUUCUCCUGCGUCGGGCUCCAUCAUAAGCCCAAGGGAAAGUGGUACUGCCCUAAGUGUAGAGGUGAGAAUGAGAAGACCAUGGACAAGGCCUUAGAACGGGCCAAAAAGGAGAGGGCAUACAACAGGUAGCUCGUUCUGCCCGACCCUACGAACACUGCUGCGUUAAAUUUUAUUUGAUGUCUCGUCUUGGUUUCCAUUUACUGUUAACACUGUUUGAAUAUUGACGAGAGGGGUCUUGUACAUAGUUAUUUUUGUAGCUGCUGCCUAGCUGAGAAACAUGAUUGCUCUCUAAAUUCUGUAAAGAAUUGCCACAGUACAGUACAACUGCAUGUUUGUAACCAACCCCUUGUUUUCACUUACCCCAAUCCAUUAUAUAUACUCAACCAAUAAAAGACUUCAAAAGAAAUAAGUAUGUCACGCUCUUCCACAUUUCUCAGGAUAAAGUGAAUCUGAUAAACUCACUACUCCCUGCACUGGGACUCUUUUGGGUCACAUUUAAAUGCAAAAAAAUAAAACAAGUUAGCAAGUAA